AAAAAACAGUAGAAGCUUAAAAAUCACUUUAGUAUAUGAGCAAACAUAGAGGCAGUCUCUUCGCAAACACCCAACAAUUUCUUUCUCUUCUCUCGUCACAGAAACCAGCGAAAAGAAGUAAACUUUAAUUUAUUUUGGUGAAGGUUUGGGGGUCUAUAUGUCCCUCAAUCAAUCAAGGUUUGACAAGAACGAGCCACAAUUUAGAAAACCAGGCGGUGGACGAUCUGGUAGAGGCUCUGGUGGUCAGCAGAGGAAUUUUCCUGGCGGUCGUGGAAGAGGUGGCGGAAGCGGCCCCACUACCACAACCGCCCCUCCGGUUUCCACAAGUCAGAGUUAUAAAAAGGUUAACAAUGCUCAAGGUGGGCAGUCAAGAGGAAAUGCAGCACCUGUGAAUACAUCAGACUUUAAUGCUGCUACUGGUUUGCGUUCUGUAGAGAAUGGUGCCCAUGUACAGUCCACAUUACAUGCAGUGUCCAAUGCGCCAACUCCAGCUGUCAUCCCGAAGCCAGUUGAUGUAUCAUCUCAGAAGACUAGCCGACCACUUCCAAAGGCUCCAUCUUCACAGCCAUCCACCAUGAGUUCUGACUCUAACAUGCCUUCCACCCCAGCAAAGGGGGAUGCAGCUAAGGGCUUUCCUCUGCAAUUUGGAUCCAUAAGUCCGGGUUUUAUGAAUGGAAUGCAGGUACCCGCCCGAACAAGCUCAGCUCCGCCUAAUUUGGACGAGCAAAAGCGAGAUCAGGUCCGGCGUGAUGCUACAAGAGCUGUGCCGGCAAUUCCAUUACCAGCUGCUCCUAAGCAGGAAUUAUCAAACAAGGUUGUUUCUGCAACUGAGCAUCCUGUUCCUCAGGAAACAAAAAUUAAGAUAAAAAGAGAUGUCCAUACGGCAUCUGCAUCUCCAUCAGCACCAGCACAGAAACCUUCUGCCCUUCCUGCAGCGGGUAUAUCUGUACCAUUGCCAUUUCAGCAAACUGUCUCCAUGCAGUUUGGAGGACCUAAUCCACAAAUUCAGUCUCAAGGCAUGCCAACUAGUUCGCUUCAGAUGCCAAUUCAGAUGCCAUUACAGAUGGGAAAUCCCUCCCAAGUUGCCCAACAGGUCUUUGUGCCUGGUCUCCAACACCAACUUAUGCAGAGUCAGGGAAUGAUGCAUCAUAACCAGAACUUGGGUUUUAAUCCUCAGAUUGCACCACAGCUUCCUCAUCAAUUAGGAACUAUGGGAAUCAAUAUGUCUGCUCAGUAUAAUCAACAACAGGCUGGAAAAUUUGGCAGCACGCGUAAGACAGUGAAGAUAACUCAUCCGGAUACACACGAGGAGCUGAGACUAGAUAACAGAGAUGGUGGAUCAACAGCACCAAGGGUGCAUCAAAGUGGAUCCUCACAGUCCCAACCUAUACCCGCAUAUACAGCAACACAUCCUAUGGGCUACUAUUCUAACUCAUAUACAACUGGUCCCCCUUUUUUCCCAGCCCAAACAUCGAUUUCUUUGACAAGUGCGCAAUUAAAUGCUAGCUCUCAGGGGCCCAGGUUUAACUAUCCUGUUAGUCAGGCACCUCCAGCUAUGCCCUUUAUGAAUCAAUCUGCGUCUAAUACCUAUUCUGUGAGCAGGGUUGGGGCUCCGGUGCAUGGUACUCCUGAUACUUCCAAUUUGGAUCAUGUUCGGGAUGUUCAUAAUUUUGCUACUUCAGCACAAUCAACCUCAGUCCCUGUGACUGUGAAAGCAGCUGGUGGAUCUGCGGGGGAGAAGGCCAUAAACUCCACUGCUGUUGAAAGAUCUGAGUUCUCUAAAGUGUCGAAUCCUGCUAUGGAGUCUAGUGUCAUUAGAAAGGAUUUAGAAAUGAACGUGGACAGCUCUACUAUGCAGCCAAAGUCUAGUACUGGCCUUCCUAAACAUUCUGCUGCCACGAUAGCUUCCGUUGCGGCUGAGACGUCAAGUCCAGCAGAAGUGUCUGUUACUCCCAGCAUGAGUCCUAGAGACUCGGCUAUAUCUCCUCCAGUGAAUGCUGUCAAGAGGGAAACCCCAACAAAGUCUGUGUGUAUCAAAGAUAGUGAGAAGCAUCUGGGCAAGGAUGAACGUCCUGAUCCAUCACGACAGGUUGAUCUUCAGUCUGAUUCCAGAGUAUGUCAGGACCUAGUUGAUUCUUCUGAGGCCAUAGCCUCUGAAUCCGUAGAAUCUAAAUCCACUCAACCUGCAUUAGGCUCUAAGGUUAUUGUAUCAGAAGCUGGCCAGGCAUCACCAAGUGAUGUCCAUGGUGCUGAAGGCCCAUCUCAUUCAUCUGAAAGUUAUGAAAGCCAGAAUAUUUCAGUUAAUGCAGCUAAAGAUCAGCAUGCAAAAAAAUGUGAUCUUCCUGCACAAGAAAAAGACGUGAUAGAAUCAGUAGAUGCCAUAGAAAGAGGAGAAUUUGAACUGGAAGAGGUACAGCCAGAUAACAGUAUAAAGGGCUCAGAUAUUGCCAAAGAUGUUGAUCAAGAUGUGCAGUUAAAGAAUGCUGGUGAUGUGGAGGAUGUGGUCGAAUCUUCUCAAAGAAUGGCUGAGUCUGCAGAUUCUUGCGUUCAAGUUGAUAAAGUGUUUGAUAAUUGCUCAUCGUGUGAGAAUGAUUCAUCGACCUCGGACUUAAACAGUUUGUCAGUCACAACUGAUGCUGUCAGUUGCAAAGGCGAUGAUGUUUCCAAAUCUGGUAUAUCAGAUAAUGAAGCCACCUCUGUCUCUGCAGAUCUUUCAGACACACAUUCUGGGCAUGAAGGGGAAGUCAUGGAGAACACAAGGCCUAGUUCUUCAUCGGGUACUACGUCAGGACCAAAUAAGGGAAAGACUAAAGGGAAGAAGCGGAAGGAAAUGCUCCGGAAGGCAGAUGCUCUUGGGACAACCGCUGAUUUGUACAAUGCUUACAAGGGUCCAGAGGAGAAAAAAGAUUCAGGUAUUGCUGCAGAACUUACUUCUGAGGAUAACUCAAAGGAGGUCUCUUGUGAUAUUAAAUCAGAAGAGAGUACUGGGAAGAACAAGGAGGAGCAGAGCAAACCCGAGCUUGAUGAUUGGGAAGAUGCAGCUGAAAUUUCGACACCAAAGUUGGAAUCCUCAUUUAAGGGUGAUCGUGGAGGCGCAAUUCAAGAUGAAGAGGGAGUUACAGCUAAAAAGUAUUCCAGAGACUUUCUCCUUACAUUUUCCGCUCAGUGUACUGACCUCCCUGAAAGAUUUGAAAUUACUUCUGAUGUAGCUGAUGCCUUGAUGUCUGUAAAUAUAAAUGCUUCUCGUAGUGAUCGUGAACAUCCUAGUCCUGGGAGAAUCGUAGAUAGGCCAGCUGCAGCUGCAGCUGCCCGACCUGAUCGGCGUGGGAGUGUGACAUUGGAAGCUGAUAGGUGGAAUAAACAGCCUGGUCCUUUUCCUUCUGUUCGGGAUCCAGGAAUGGAUCUUGCUUAUGGAAGCAAUAUUAUGGGAUUUCGUGGUGGUCCUGGGCCUAAUUAUGGUGUGCUAAGGAAUCCGCGGGCACAAGGACCUGUUCCACAUGCUGGCGGGAUCCUGUCUGGGCCAAUGCAUUCCAUGGGUUUUCAGGGAAUGCAGAGAAAUAACGCUGAUGCUGACCGUUGGCAAAGAGCUACAAACUUCAACAAAGGUUUGAUGCCCUCUCCUCAGGGUCCUUCCCAGGUGAUGCACAAAGCUGAGAAAAAGUAUGAGAUAGGUAAAAUAUCUGAUGAAGAGCAGGCUAAACAGCGAAAAUUGAAGGGUAUUUUAAACAAAUUGACUCCUCAGAACUUUGAGAAACUAUUUGAGCAAGUUAAAGAAGUUAACAUUGAUAAUACUGUGACUCUGGCUGGAGUUAUCUCUCAGAUCUUUGACAAGGCUUUAACAGAGCCAACUUUCUGUGAAAUGUAUGCGAACUUCUGCCAGCACCUUGCCUCUGAGUUGCCAGAAUUAAGUGUAGACAAUGAGAAGAUCACCUUCAGACGGCUGUUGCUGAACAAGUGCCAAGAGGAGUUCGAGAGAGGAGAAAGAGAGGAGCAAGAAGCUAAUAAGUCUGAUAAUGAAGGUGAGGAGGAGCCUAAACAAUCUGAAGGGGUUAGAGAAGAAAUGCGACUGAAAGCACGAAGACGCAUGCUGGGCAAUAUUAGAUUGAUUGGGGAGUUGUACAAGAAGAAAAUGUUGACUGAAAGAAUAAUGCACGAGUGCAUAAAGAAGUUGUUAGGUCAAUACCAAAAUCCCGAUGAAGAAAAUAUUGAGGCGUUGUGCAAGUUGAUGAGCACAAUUGGAGUGAUGAUUGAUCAUCCCAAAGCCAAGGAGCAUAUGGAUGCUUACUUCGACAUUAUGGGUCAGUUAUCCAACAACAUGAAGCUAUCUUCUAGAGUAAGGUUCAUGUUGAGGGAUGCUAUUGAUCUUAGAAAAAACAAAUGGCAACAGAGAAUGAAAGUAGAUGGUCCUAAGAAGAUCGACGAAGUGCAUCGUGAUGCUGCUCAAGAAAGGCAGGGACAAGCUCGUUUAAAUCGUGGCCCAAGCAUGAAUUCUGGAAUGAGAAGGGGCCAACCUCUGGAUUUUGGUCCUCGGGGAUCUAUGCUAUCUUCUCCUAUUGGGCAGGGUGGUGGUUUCAGAGGUAUGCCUCCUCAGCUUCGUGGGUUUGGUGGACAGGAUUCCCGCAUGGAGGAGAGGAACAUUUUUGACAACCGCACACCUUCAGUGCCUCUGACUCAAAGGCUAUCAAGUGCUGAGCCAAUUACUUUGGGACCCCAAGGUGGUCUUGCUAGGGGGAUGGCAUUUAGAGGGCAACCGUCCAUGUCUAGUUCUCCUCUAUUUGACAAUACCCCAUCCUAUGCGGACCCAAGAAGAAUGGUAGGGGGUUUGAAUGGUCACACUAAUGUAUCGGAUCGUGGAGUGUAUAGCCCUCGGGAAUCGAGGAAUUCUUCGGAUAUAUUUGUUGCUCCAGUUGCAUAUGAUCACUCUGGUAGCCAGGAGCUCAAUGCUAGGGAUGCCAGGGCUAGGCCAAUAACACCACCUGUGGCACGGGUUGCGCCAGCUCAAAAUACCUCUUCGGAAAAAGUAUGGCCUGAGGAUCGCAUGCGGGAUAUGUCAAUUGCAGCAAUAAGGGAAUAUUACAGUGCGAAAGAUGAGAAGGAAGUUGCACUAUGCAUCAGAGACUUGAAUGCUCCAAGUUUUUACCCUACAGUCAUAUCUAUUUGGGUUGCUGACUCCUUUGAAAGGAGAGACUUAGAGCGGGGGCUGCUGUCAGAAUUGCUUGUUAACCUUACAAGAUCUCGGGAAGGCACAUUUAGCCCUGGCCAGCUCGUUGAAGGGUUUAAAUCUGUAUUGACUAACUUGGAGGACACGGUGACUGAUGCCCCGAAAGCGCCCGAAUUUCUUGGCCGGAUAUUUGCGAGGGUAGUUGUAGAAAAUGUGAUACCCUUGAAAGAUAUUGGUCGGAUAAUACAUGAAGGUGGGGAGGAACCAGGUUGUCUACGAGAAUCAGGGUUGGCGGCUGAAAUUCUCGGGAGUGUCUUGGAUGUGAUCAAAUCCGAGAAAGGGGAAUCUGUACUGAAAGAGAUUAGAGCUAGCUCUAAUCUUCGGUUAGAUGAUUUUCGACCUCCAGAACCGAUUAGAUGCCAUAAAUUAGAGAUGUUUAUGUAGAGGAUUAUUGUAUGUGCUUACAGAAUUCUUGGACCGCUAUCAUUCGAGGCAUAAACAUGACAGUUUAGAGAAAGGAUAUUUUGUUUCAACUACAGUAUUUUUGAGCGGAAUGAGAAAAUGAAUGUGGCAAUUUUUAAACAUCAGAA